UUAGCCGUACUUCCUGUUCAGGUUACACGUAGCGUCACUGCUGUUUUGUAGCUCCAGAGGAGAAAAAAUACCACAAACGACGACUUUUACUGACUUCUUUUUUUGCAAAUACGGUUGUCGGUCACUCGCUUGUACCGACGUGUUUAUUAGCUUUGGUAAAAAUGGAGCUGGAGUGGAGCGUGUCUCAGAAUUUUGCCUCAUAUGAGGGCUAAACUGUGUUAUCAAGCUAACAUUGGUAAGACUAGUUAGCAAGUACUUGUUUUGUUUACAUAUUUUUCCGAGAUGUAUACUUUAUUAUCUGGGUUGUAUAAGUACAUGUUCCAAAAGGACGAAUACUGUAUUUUGAUCCUGGGACUGGACAAUGCUGGAAAAACGACCUUCCUGGAACAAACCAAAACAAAGUUCAGUAAGAACUACAAGGGGAUGAAUUUAUCAAAAAUCACAACCACGGUUGGCCUGAACAUUGGUACAAUCGAUGUGGGCAAGGCUCGUCUGAUGUUCUGGGAUCUUGGAGGACAGGAGGAGCUCCAGUCCCUGUGGGACAAAUACUACGCCGAGUCCCAUGGAGUCAUCUAUGUGAUCGAUUCAACUGAUGAAGAGCGUCUGUCAGAGUCAAAGGAGGCCUUCGAGAAAAUGAUCAGCAGUGAGGUGUUAGAAGGAGUCCCUCUUCUCGUGCUGGCCAACAAGCAGGAUGUACCGAAUUGCUUGUCAGUGCCGGACAUUAAAACAGCCUUCAGUGACUCUGCCCCGAAGAUCGGCAAAAGGGAUUGUUUAGUGCAGCCUUGUACCGCUCUGACAGGGGACGGAGUGAACGAAGGCAUCGAGUGGAUGGUGAAGUGCGUGGUCAGAAACAUUCACAGGCCGCCCAGACAGAAGGACAUCACGUAAGAAGUUGUUCAAACUCUCCACACUAAUUUUGGACUGUGAGUUUCUCCUUGAGGACAUUCCAUGUGAACCCUGGAGUCGGUAGCUCUCCUCUCUCCUCGUGUUUGCUGUGACUUUGAAUGGUUUGGAUUUCUGCUUUUAGGAGUUCAUUACAGACAGAGUGUGACACUAUUUUUGAUCACCAAGCAUCAUUUCAGAUGUGCUUUGAAUGGACGCCUGUCUGCUUCAUUUAUUUACACUUUUGGAUCGCGUUAUAAUUUCUUCUGCUUCGUGUGUGAGCAGCAGUGCCAGUGUCUGCUGCUGGCUGUGUCUGCUUGGAGCUCCACUGACUGUCAGCCCGCACUUUGAUCAUAAGAGCACACACUGUGAUCAAGUUGACACAUCCUCUCUCAAAGUACUAAACUAUAACCGGGUGGCUCUCAUGUUUGUUCACAGUAUUGGAGAAAAGAAACAAUGUUAAGCUCACAUUUUUGAAGUUGAACUGAAAUUUGAAUGCUCCCCUUUUUUGUCAAUAGGAAUAUUAAUCAGUGAUACUGCAGCUAUAGUUUACUGACAUUUUUCGAAAGAGGUUAGAAUGUUGUCUGGGUCCAGACCUUUUGAAUAUGCCCUCUCCACUGAGUUUGAGUUUAAGAAAUUGUUUGGCAUUGAGACAUGAAACAGCAGUUUCUGGUUUAGAAUAAAAACCAACAAAUUAGCACUGCAGGGGUACUAACCAUUAACCAACUGGUGCCACGGACGGGACUAACAUCGUUGUCAAGCUGUUGUCAAGCAUCGUCAAGUGGUGCGGCCAAAUCAGUUAGGAAUAAUAACAAUAAUAGGGAGUGCUAUACACAAGAUAGACGCUGCUAUCGAGGCGGUUUUAAAUCCACGUCUUCUCAAUAUCAACAGACAGUGUAGUUUCUGUUUCUUUGCUCAGCUCCACUCUUCCAACCUUGGCAAAACAGAUAUAUUUUGGCAUGGCUACGCAUUAGUGUGGACUUUAAAUAACACUAGAUUCUGGUGGAUGGACUGCAGUGAUUGAUCAAAAUUCCCCCCCGGGGAUUCUGAUUGGUUAGGGAAAAUACAAUCCCCCUUCCUCGCUCAAAUCAGUCAGAAUGGGCGCAAUGUCGGAAUGAAAACCAAAAGGAGCUACAAGCUGACAAUUCUAUCUGAUGUCAGGCAAGAUGGAACUUUUUCUUUUUUUGUCUGUUUUGAUAGUAAAGCCUGGUUCAAAAAACUGUUUUGGUUUCUGUAGCUUAAUCCAACAUUCAUAAUUAAGGAUGGGGAACGUUAACAUUUAUUGAUAUUGAUGCCAUUAUUGAGACUCCUUAACAAUUCAGGCUUUAUCGAUACCACUAUUGAUACUUUUCUAUUAUUUAGUAGAAAGACGAGGCAAAUAUAUGUGUUUUAACAGAACUGGUUUUGCUUUUACUGCUGAACAAGUGACUGUUUCUUUUACUGGAAAAACAAAUUCCCCACCCAAACAACUGUAUUAUUCAAGUUUCUCACCAAAAACAAAGUUUUUUUAUGUUAUAUUUGAUCACAUCGUGAUAACAUUUUAUUUACCUUUGCCUAAUAGUCAUUUUUCUGAGCGGACAUUGAAGACAUCAUAAUGAAACGUUAUGGAACCUCAUAUAUGUAGCUAACUAGCUCUUAUCCUGCUAAUUCCAACUCAAAUUUCAACAUUAGAUCACUAUUUUUAAUUAAAGGGACUUGCUACUUGUGCCAGCUUUGCAGCAGCAGCUGACGGAGUUAUUUCAACCCAAAGAAAGUCGAAGGUACUGCAUUUAGGUUUAAUUGGAUGUGUAACCAGUGAUUGGAUUUAAAUGAUGUGGCUCGACUCAAGAUGUAAGGUUACGUUAUAAGAUCCACAAGACUGAACAACGGUAUUGAUAAGCUCAAACGUUAUAGAUUUGGGGGUUUUGAAAAAAGCAGAACAGUCCUUAAUAGAACUGGGUUUCGGUCCCCAUCCCUGCUCAUGACAACUGUACCAAAGGUGUAUUUUUCUAUAACUCAGCUGUUUACAUUGUAUAAAGGCUUAAAGUUGUGCAUAAUUAAAGGCGGGCUGUGACAGGCUGUCUGAUGAUAGGGUCCUCGGCUUCACAGUCAGCUCCACCCUCUCAUCUCGAAACAGUCACCUUUGGCUCCAAAGAGCCACCGAAAUGGCGACGAUCGAAAUAAUGUGAGCUAAAACCAUUUAAUGAGUCUAACUCUCAAUGGAAAAGGAGACUAACUAGUCUAUUAAUGGUGUUGUAAACUCAUUGGAGCUCCACACAGACCUGUGCAGCACCCAAACAGCACCAGAGUCUCUACACACUGUAAAUGGUACACAUAUGAUCCAGCGGCCACCAAACUGUUGUUAUUAAGUUGACAUUAACAUUCAUAGUUUCAGUUUUUAUUUGAUUGACUUUGGAAAUGUUCAUGGUUAUAAUUGGAAGAGACACUACAGCUGAUUAACUGGACAGGAUAUCUGUAAAAAACUAAAUGCACAAGUUAACUGAACACACUGAGAAAUCUUUCUGACCUCUGCUGAAUCACUCUGUACCAGCAGUUUCAUCUUGGAUUUAUGAAGUUUGGGGAAAAACUGAAGGUGAUAUCCUCUGUCAGUCACAUAUAUAGUAGAUGAUAAUAAAAAAAUAUGAUUUUAAAGGAA